GAAAAAAGAAUUAAUGUAACAAAAAAUUCAGGUUUAAUAAACUCUAUGGAACUGUUCCAAAGCCCACCAAUUAAAUUUUCAACUCUAGGCCAUCAUGCUCACCUGCCUAUGACCAUGCAAAGCGCGCUACUUUUGCAACCCAUUAAGGAAUUAUAUUAAUAAAUAUUAAUACAGUUAGCUCAAUAAAAAACGUGAACCCCGUGUGCAACUGCUGUGUAAUAUACAAAUUCCUUUCUAGAAUUAUUAGGAAGGGAAUUCAGAAUUACAGUAAACUACCAAUAUUUUUCUUUGUUAUUUAAACAAAAUGGCAGUAUUCCAGUUUGUGCUCUGUUUUCCUUUGUGCUUAAUCUAAAAUAAAAUAAAAAUGUAGAUAAAAUUUAUAAAUCAACUGCUAUUUGAACCUUUUUCUUCUAUUUUUUCCCUGUAGGUUCUGUUGACAAGUAUUCCCUUCCCUUUUAAAUAGUAUAGUCCUUUCCAUUAAUGCUUUUGCUAGCACAUGAAGGCAGCUUCCAGUAACUACUUUCCCUUUUUUUCAGGGAAGCAAUAAUCUUGAUUAGCUACAUGAAAAUGAGCAGCUGUUGUGUGACAAUGUUCUAAAAAUACAUUGAUUACAUCAGAAUGUCCAGAAGUGAAAUGACAAGAGACAGAAUCAGCAACAACAGUACUACCUCCAAUAUGUGCUUUGGACAGUGUCAGUAUACAGCAGAUGAGUACCAGGCCAUUCAGGCUGCCCUGCGACAGAGACUAGGCCCAGAAUACAUCAGCAGCCGGCAAGCUGGAGGGGGACAGAAGGUUUGUUACAUUGAAGGACACAGGGUUAUCAGUCUGGCCAAUGAAAUGUUUGGUUACAAUGGCUGGGCUCAUUCUGUCACUCAGCAGAAUGUUGAUUUUGUUGAUCUAAACAAUGGCAGGUUCUAUGUGGGUGUCUGUGCCUUUGUGAAAGUCCAGCUUAAGGAUGGGGCAUAUCAUGAAGAUGUUGGCUAUGGAGUAAGUGAAGGUUUGAAGUCUAAGGCCUUAUCACUUGAAAAAGCAAGGAAAGAGGCUGUUACGGAUGGACUGAAGAGGGCACUGAAGUGCUUUGGAAAUGCUCUUGGGAAUUGCAUCCUGGACAAAGAUUACUUGCGGUCAGUGAAUAAACUUCCCCGUCAGAUGCCUCCAGAUUUUGACUUGAGUAAAGCUAAACGACAGGACUUUGAACCUGCAAUAGAAAAAGCAAGAUACAGUAGCUGUUUGCAAAAGGCAGGUGAAGGUGAACAUCAGUUGUCCACAACCACCCCUGGCAAAUCUGACCAGUGGGACUCUUCACUGAACACUGCUGAACACGAUCAACAGAACAGCGGGGCCUCACUGGCCUUGGAGUGUGAUGCAACGUACCACCGGAAACUACGACAGAAGCAACUUCAGCAGCAGUUCAGGCAACAAAUGCUGAAAAAACAGCAAAUCCAAUCAGAUACUUCAGCUUGCAAAGCUACAAAUCAAGAAGAAUGCAAUCUCCCUGCCAUGAAACACACUUCAGCACAACUGGAGCCUAGUGUGACAGAAGAGUUCCUUGCAGAUGACCCUGAGCUCUGGGAUUUGCCUUUGGAGGCUACUGAUCUCAGCAUUACCAGUCAUAAUACAGGAAAUGUACCAACCCAUUACUCGGGCACACCGCUUGGACAGUAUCAUAUGAUGACUCGCAGUAGGACUCCACAAAGAACAAACCAUCAGAAACCUUGUGCAAAACUUGCACUGUCGCAUGGUCCCACGAGCCCCAGGCUUCACUUACCAGUAUCUGAUGGCCUAACUACAUCCUGGAAAUUAAUUGAUACAAAAGCUUUCUCCCUUAUUACCAAUGUUUGCUCAAAGGUUGAAACAGAAUAGAGAUUGCCUGCAUGAAAGGAGGAGGAAGAGAAGGAAUUUUCAAAAAUUCCUUCUUUCUGUUCAUCUAUGCAAGCUUUCUAUGGCUGGACUGACAAGCUAUGUCUACAAAUCUUUAUAAAUGUUCUGGUUUAUGUAUUUGGGCAGUUUCCAAUAUCAGAUACAGGAGAACUGUGCGUAUACAAGCGUAGCAAAAAUGAACACAAGAUGUAGUAUUUAGGUACAGAGUUCAGUUUUCUGAUGAUGUUACAGUUGCCAUGUUAAAAGGCCAUUUUCCAGCCCUUAUCAAUACAGCAGUUAUUUUUGACGUUCAGAGCCAAUGCCUGCUGAAGUCUCAGAAGGCAAAGAUGUUCCUUAAUCUUCCAGUAGAUGUUGUGACUAUUGGUUGGAGGCACCUGCAUUCUCCAAUGAGCUCAAAUGACUUUCUUCUGC